AACAAACGCCGGCGCUGACAUGGGCCGCCGCGCGGAGCCCACGGAGGAGAGAGCGCAGUCGCGCGGGCCCCGCGCUGGGGUCUCCGGGGACCGAGCCCUAUGAUUUCCUCAUCAUCUCCCCCUCCACCCGCUGAACUUGGACUUCAGAUCUGACCCCAGACCUGUCCACUAUCUCGGGAGGGCCCUCCUCCCCUCCCGUCCAGCAAGAUGCCGAUCCUCAAGCAGCUGGUGUCCAGCUCAGUGCACUCCAAGCGCCGUUCCCGCGUGGACCUCACGGCGGAAAUGAUCAGCGCCCCACUGGGUGAUUUUCGCCACACUAUGCACGUGGGCCGAGCCGGAGAUGCCUUUGGGGACACCUCCUUCCUCAAUAGCAAGGCUGGUGAGCUUGAUGGCCAGUCCCUGGAUGAACAGGCCUCCUCCUCCUCCUCUUCCAAACGCGGUCUUCUGUCCCGCAAGUUCCGGGGCAGCAAGCGGUCACAGUCGGUGACCAGGGGGGACCGGGAACAGAGGGACAUGCUGGGCUCCCUGCGGGACUCAGCCCUCUUCGUCAAGAAUGCCAUGUCCCUGCCCCAGCUCAAUGAGAAAGAGGCGGCGGAGAAGGGCUCCAGCAAGCUGCCCAAGAGCCUGUCGUCCAGCCCCGUGAGGAAGGCAAGUGCCGGGGAGGGCGGCGAGGACGAGGCGGGCGAGGCGGAGGUGGUGGCCCGGCGGAACGGGGCUGCGGGUCCCCACUCCCCCGACCCCCUCCUGGACGAGCAGGCCUUCGGGGACCUGACCGAUCUGCCCGUCGUGCCCAAGGCCAGCUACGGGCUGAAGCACGCCGAGUCCAUCAUGUCCUUCCACAUCGACCUGGGGCCCUCCAUGCUAGGCGAUGUCCUCAGCAUCAUGGACAAGGAGGAGUGGGACCCCGAGGAGGAGGAGGAGGAGGACGGCGGCUACCACGGCGACGAGGGCCCCGGCAGGCUCCCCCAGGCUCCCCCUUCUGCAGCAGCGGCCUCUCCCCUGGCAAGGCAGGAAGGCAAGGCCAGCCGGGAAUUGCCAUCGCGACCCUCCCGUGCUCUGGAGGACGAGGGGUGGGCGGCGGCGGCCCCCAGCCCCGGCUCGGCCCGCAGCGGGGGCAGCCACACCACGCGGGACAGCAGCUCCCUGUCCAGCUGCACCUCGGGCGUCCUGGAGGAGCGCAGCCCUGCCUUCCGGGGGCCCGACCGGGCCCGGGCCACUCUCCCGAGGCAGCCAGACAAGGACUUCUCCUUCAUGGAUGAAGAAGAGGAGGAUGAGAUCCGCGUGUGAGGCGGGCCACCAAGCUCCUGGCUGCACCUUCUCCCUGUGCCCACCCCACUGCGACCUUUGACCUUACCAUGCAGGGACAGCCAAGAGCCUCGCUUCCGGCCACGGACCCUGGACCUCGUGGAUGGGGGCCCUCGGAGGGCUUGAGGAGCUGGCGUGGGUGCCGAAGUCGCCUGAUGUCAUUACACACCCUGCCCUCCCCGCAGCCGUCUGGGCCCCCGCUCUGUGUUCUCGCAGCAGGGAUCGGUUUUCCUCUCUCUGCCUCCUUUUCCUCCACCCUGGCCUCAAAUGGAUGCCAGAUGUCAACCUGAGUUCCUGCCACGUGCAGCAAUAGCAGGUCAGCCCACGGGCAGCCUGGACUCCAAGGCUAAGGACACUUGUCUCUCCUUUUCUCUCCUGGUGUGUCUGCUGUGACCGGUGGUGGCUGCCAGGGAAAUGUGUGCAGCAGGAGGAAGGGGGUGGCCACACGUUCCAGCCUCUCUCUCCAUCCCUGGCUCCUGCAUGGGAAGCUUAGAGCCUCUUGGAGUCAAGCCCACCAGGUGGCCAGCCACAAACAUGUACACUAAUAAACGCAGCCCCCUUCCAGGGGAAGACACAGGAUGGGGAAUGGAAGGAAAGCCCCCUGGGCUUCUUGAAUUUUCAAGAGGGGCCCUUGCAGGAUGACACUAGGAACAGGGCUGGGAUACUUGCUCCAGUCCCUGUGGGUUUGUUUGCUCUUUAUUAUUGUUUAAAUCCUUAUAGAGCAAUAUCAGGAACAGUGUUAAUAGGUCUGCCACCAGAGGGAAAAUAGAAUCCUUUUAGAAAAAUUUUAUGCGAAGUCUCCUCCUCUUGAAAAGUCACAGUGAAUAUUAGCAUACUUAAGUCUGGGACGUCCUGUGGCCAAGAAACCAGCUCAACUUUAGUGCUUCCAGAUUUUAUUUAGCACUAUAUGGGGUGGGUGUCGUGUGUUUGUCCCCACCCCUCUCCCGUAGCUAUUAACAGCUGAAGACCAGUGUAGAAAAUUUCUGGAAAAUGACUUUUUAAAAAUAGUAUAUCAAUUCUGGGGGGUGGGGGAAAGCUGGUGUUUUUU